CCCUCACAAUCGAGAACUACCGUUCCGACUCUUGCGUUGAAAAUUGUCAUUUUAUCGAUUUCGUGAAUGUCGCGUCCCAUUUCGCUAGUGACGGAAAAAAAGAAAGAUUGUCGUAAUUUUACGUAGUUCCGCGCUGUCUGGUUCCUGCUCGCUGUAGUCUAAGGAACUGCUGGUCGUGUAACUAGUUGAAAAAAAAAACCCCGGAACAAACCCACACACUUUCGUUGUGCGUGUGGCGAGGAAAUUGCGUGCAGGCACUGCUCCACUGACAGCGCACGGAAGCCCUUUCGUAGUUUGCCCACUGUCAAAUCACAUCUCGGCUCCGUCUGGGAAGGCGUACACAGGCCGGAGGUUUGAGCGCAGUUUGGCGAAGGAUAGUUUGUGAACGGAAGAAAAAUCUGGAAACGAUUUCGUACCGCUGAACCCGGCACACGUACACGUGCGCAUACACACACGCACACACCGCGUAGAGUACCGCAUUUCCCGUGUGUGGCUGUGUGUUUUUGUGUGUGGCGAUACAGUUUUUUUUCCUGCAGCCGCCAGGGGCCCCUGCUUUGUGUGAACGUGCGAAAAGAGGCAAAGUUAAACAAAUAUGGCUGCGCUACCCCGUAGAAUAAUCAAAGAAACGCAGCGUCUGAUGCAGGAACCCGUCCCCGGUAUCAGUGCCAUACCGGACGAACAGAAUGCCCGUUACUUUCACGUGAUCGUGUUCGGCCCGGAGGAUUCCCCGUUCGAGGGUGGCCUGUUUAAGCUAGAGCUGUUCCUGCCCGAAGACUACCCGAUGUCGGCACCGAAGGUGCGUUUCAUAACAAAGAUCUACCAUCCAAACAUCGACCGUCUGGGGCGGAUCUGUCUAGACAUUCUAAAGGACAAGUGGAGCCCGGCGCUGCAGAUUCGUACCGUGCUGCUGUCGAUUCAGGCGCUGCUGAGCGCACCGAACCCGGACGAUCCGCUCGCGAACGAUGUGGCCGAGCUGUGGAAGGUGAACGAAGCGGAAGCGAUUCGAAAUGCGAAGGAGUGGACGCAACGGUACGCGAACGUCGACAACUAGAUUCUGAUUAACCAAUUUCCUUACAAAACUACACAUACACACACACAAACACCCAAUAACUUUUUUUAAAAAAAGAAGAAACAUUGUAAGGCGAAAAAGGCGAAAGAAGAAGUACGUGCGCGCGGCAAGACAGGCGGCGGGCCUCAGCAUAACAGUAACAGCAGCAGCACCAGCAGCUCCAGUAUCCUCCUCCCCCUUCACAGCGUAUCUCAAGCUGAAUAAAAUGCAUGCUCGACGGGAGAUGCAAACGCGUGCGCGUGUGUGUGUAAGUGUGUGCCUCGUGUGUCCACAGGAAUUUCACCAAACUGAACAUCAUCAUCCAAGCAGGCAACUGUCAAAAAUCUAAAGCGCGAAAGUGUGCAAACAAUAGGCAAAAAAAGGGACACAAACACGCAGCAUCCCCCCGCCGAGUGCAGGGUGAUAUCGAGUAGGGAAUCGAAAUUGUUGAAUCAUGCAGUCGCGCGCUUCUAAAUUGUACGAGCUUGUUUUCAUGUCAAUGCGUGCGGUGUCCAUGGUGUUUCACGCAUAGAACCAACACCAUUUCGAACACAUCAGAGCGGUUAUGAGCAGCAGCAGCAGCAGCAGCAGUGAGCAGUAAAGCAGACAAAUAGCGAGAAAAACGAAUCAAAACAACUCCACCACAACCACUCGUCGGCGAUGGGAAGGCGAACGAAACAAUGGCAGCAGCAACCAGCACACGGCGGCAGUAGUGUAGUGAGGAAAUAUUCACCGUAAGAUCAAUUACUACAACAAACAGAACGCGAAACAAUCCCCGAGGAGGGUAGUGCCGUGCCGCUGACGAGCAUUCCUCACCACAAUGGAGGAAUGAACAAUUGUCUCUGCUUUGCUAAUCAGGUGAGCCGUGCACGCCACUGGAAAGAUGCAAUCGUUUAUCGGACGUGGUAUAACAGUUUGCGAACUAUUGAACUGCUGUCUCUAGCGCCUAGAUAUCAAUAAAAUUUAUCGUGUUUAAAUUUCGCUAAGCAAUCGCUGGUACUCACGGCAAUGGGCAGUCGGUACUAAAAUCGAUCGCUAACCGUACGGUAAUCGAUACGAAUCGCAUGCGGAUUACCUGCAUUCUGUUUUGUUUUUGGUUUUCUAGAUUGACGUGUAAUUGUAAAGCUCUUAACGAAAACAGAUAAUCAAGGGCUUGAAAUGUGGAAUGAAAACAAUUCAAAUUAACGUAAUGUCGGGUGUGGCAAAUUUGCUUUAUAUUUUGCUCUAUUUUGUUUGCCCUUUGAGAUGUUAGAACAAAAACGGAAUGCAUCUAAUCCGUGUCACUCGAAUGUUCACCUUACCAUUUGAACUGAGCUCCGUAGAACAAUUGCGAAGAAAGUACAAUGAUUUAGGAGAACACAAAAGCCCGCAUUCGAGAGCUAAAGAUGCAAUAUCUUCUCAAAACAGUUUAAGCUCUACUCUGUACCGUUGCUCUAUUCCGUACAGCUUGUACUACCUUGAGCGGAGCACAAAUUAAAACUUUACAGUACAUGUAGUUUUUGAACCAUCGUAAACGUUAACUACUUUUUACUGAAAUGGUCUAGAGCCUUACAGAAUAGAUUGCAGGUCUGUGUGUUUGCGUUUUAAAUCUUGGUUCAAAGUUGUGUCGUUGGUUACUUCCCAUUUGCUCUACUUUGCAUCUAUGGUAGGGUUUUGCUCGUAGUAUUGUUUUUCCCCCCUUUGCCUUGUUUAUGGAGUGCAAGCAAUCAUCUUUUGCAAAUAUCGGAGCGAAACGGGGCAUUAUUUUUUGGACAAAAUUCUCUCGAAUUAGCUUAGAUAAAGGGAAAGUUAAACAAAACCAGAAGGACACCAGAGCAAUGUUCUGGAGCGGGUUAAAAACAAACCAAUAGUGCUGCCUGAGAACACAAACACACUACUACUAAAUCGCCUGCACAGCGAUGCCGCGAAGCAUGAUGGAAAUCUGAAUCUGGUUUCUGGAAAACAAACAAGGCAACACACAGUAAUGAGCUCGCAACACACUUAACUCGAUACUUGCAUAGCUGCAAAUGAAGAAACAAAGAAUCGCCUACACUUACUAUAUACGGCUCUCACAACGCAUGCAACACUCUCUUUUUCGUGAAUUGGUAGGACAAAUGGAAUUUAAAAUAUCUUGAUGAAAGGAAACGAGUGCACUGAAAUGAAACGAGAUAAACAUUAAGCGGAACCGGGAGAGGAAUGCCCGGCUGGCAGGCAGGUAGGGAAAUGCAUUAAACAUGGUAAUGAACGAAACAGGAGUAAAAAAAAACACUAAAGAAUGAAUCCAACAGGCGAAAGAUGCAAGAAAAAAAGCUGGCAAACAGCGGCACAUUUGUGCUACACACUAUGAUAUGCAAAAGGGAAACCGAAUAGUAAGAAAGGGCUUAUUAUGAUACGAUGGCCACGAAACAAAAGCAUUCAAUUUGCAAAACUCUAUUUCACACAACAACAACAACAAAAACAAGAGAAAAGAAAGCAAGCAAACAAACGAAAAACAAAAAAAAAAACACGCAAACACUCUACGGAAACAGUUGUAUAUUAGAAUGAGGAUUAUAAAUAAUUGACCGAAAAACUAUAA